AUGCCACGUCGCGCCGCCGCCGCGCCCGCGGCCCUGCUGCUGCUCACGCUCGCCUGCGCCGGGUGCGCGGGCAAUCCAGACGCCAAGCGGCUGUACGACGACCUGCUGAGCAACUACAACAAGCUGGUGCGGCCCGUGCUCAACGUCAGCGACGCGCUCACCGUGCGCAUCAAGCUCAAGCUCAGCCAGCUCAUCGACGUGAAUUUGAAGAAUCAGAUUAUGACUACCAACCUCUGGGUAGAACAGAGUUGGUACGACUACAAGCUUUCGUGGGAGCCGCGCGAGUACGGGGGCGUGGAGAUGCUCCAUGUGCCCUCCGACCACAUCUGGCGACCAGACAUCGUGCUCUACAACAAUGCUGACGGCAACUUCGAGGUGACGUUGGCGACGAAGGCGACGCUGAACUACACCGGCCGCGUGGAGUGGCGCCCGCCCGCUAUUUACAAGUCCUCCUGCGAGAUCGAUGUGGAGUAUUUCCCCUUCGAUCAGCAAACUUGUGUGAUGAAGUUUGGAUCUUGGACAUACGAUGGGUUUCAGGUAGAUCUACGGCACAUCGACGAGGCGCGCGGCACCAACGUGGUGGAGCUCGGCGUCGACCUGUCCGAGUUCUACACCUCCGUGGAGUGGGACAUUCUCGAAGUGCCCGCCGUUCGAAACGAGAAGUUUUACACAUGCUGCGACGAGCCAUACCUGGAUAUCACGUUCAACAUCACGAUGCGGCGGAAGACGCUGUUCUACACCGUGAACCUCAUCAUCCCGUGCAUGGGCAUCUCGUUCCUCACGGUGCUGGUGUUCUACCUGCCGUCCGACAGCGGCGAGAAGGUGUCGCUGUCCAUCUCCAUCCUGCUCUCGCUCACCGUGUUCUUCCUGCUGCUGGCGGAGAUCAUCCCGCCCACGUCGCUGGUCGUGCCGCUGCUCGGGAAGUUCGUCUUGUUCACCAUGAUCCUCGACACCUUCAGCAUUUGCGUGACGGUGGUCGUGUUGAACGUGCACUUCCGUUCGCCGCAGACGCACACCAUGGCGCCCUGGGUGCGGCGAGUGUUCAUCCACGUGCUGCCGCGCCUGCUCGUCAUGCGCCGCCCGCACUACCGCCUCGAUCCCCAUCGCAGCCGAUUUGCCGGGCUCGUGACGGGCGGAGGCGCGGGCGCACCGUGGGAGGUGGGAGCAGGCUCCCCGGGGCCGGUGUCGGCGGCGCCGGCCGGCGCGGCGGCGUGCUCGGCGUGCCGCGCGUGCCGGCUGCACGACGCGCCCUCGCUCUGCGACGCGCUGCGGCGCUGGCAUCGCUGCCCGGAACUGCACAAGGCUAUUGACGGCAUUAAUUACAUCGCUGAUCAGACGAGAAAGGAGGAAGAGUCGACGAGGGUGAAAGAGGACUGGAAAUACGUGGCGAUGGUCCUAGACCGGCUGUUCCUGUGGAUCUUCACGCUGGCGGUGGUGGUGGGGUCGGCCGGCAUCAUCCUGCAGGCGCCCACGCUGUACGACGAGCGCGCGCCCAUCGACGUGCGGCUCUCGGAGAUCGCGUACGCCACCGCCAAGCCGCGCCCGUCGCCGCCGCCGCGCUGAGCCACCCUGGCCCGCAUCCGACGAGGCGAUGCGACCUAUCC